AUGUUACUCAAAGAAACAAAAGAAGGAAAAUUACCAAAAGGAGUAAUACAGAAAAUUGCGGAUUACUUUUCAAUAUUGACAAGAUCGGUAAAUCGACUACAUCAACAAGCAAUACAUGUAACAAAAGGGAGUUUACCUGAUCUCUCAUGUAAUCUUGUGAAAAAGGUUGGUCGUAAAAGAAUUGAGUUGGACUUUAAUCGAAUGCGAGAUAUUCCGUUCAGCCGUCGCACCAAUAUUCGGUCGCUUUCAUCUGAGCUGAAAUAUCCAAAAUCAACGGUUCAUAAAAGAAUUAAAGAAGAUUACAUCCGACCAUAUUCAAAUGCUUUGAAGCCCUAUUUAUCGGAAGAAAAUUUGAAAGCCAGAUUGGAAUUUUGUUUGUCUAUGGUUGAUAAAGAUACUAUUGAUACUUCACCAAAGUUUGUCAAUAUGUAUGAUCAAAUCCAUAUCGAUGAAGAGUGGUACUACAUGUCGAGAACAACACAAAAAUACUACCUACUUCCCGAUGAAAGUGAGCCUUUCCGAACUUGCAAAAGUAAGUGUUUCAUUUCUAAAAUAAUAUUUUUAGCUGCCAGUGCUCGUCCUCGUAUCGAUGUUGAUACCGGUAUGACAUUUGAUGAGAAAAUCGGAAUAUGGCCAUUUGUUUGUAAAGAACCAGCAAAGCGAAAUAGCAAAAAUAGAACAACGGGGACAAUGGAAACAAAACCAAUUAUGUCGGUGACUAAGGAGGUAACUCGAUCUUAUUUGAUUAAUAAUUUAUUGCCUUCGAUUAAAGAAAAGUGGCCAUGUUUUAGUUCUAGAACUAUUUAUAUUCAACAAGAUAAUGCAAAACCACAAUUGAAUGUCAAUGAUGGUGAAUUUAAUAGAGCAGCAAAAAUGGAUGGUUAUGAAAUCAAGUUACAUUGCCAACCUCUUAAUAGUCCAGAUAUGAACGUCUUGGACUUGGCCUUUUUUAGAGCUAUUGAUUCGAUUCAACAUAAAGAAACUCCUCGAACUUAUGAUGAGUUCAUUUUGGCCGUGGAAAAAGCAUUUGAGCAAUAUCCAGUUGAAGAAUUGAAUAACAGUUUUUUGACAUUGCAAUCUUGCAUGCAUGAAGUCAUGAAGAUUAAUGGAGGGAAUAACUAUAAAAUCCCACACAUGAGCAAACAUAGGAUGAUUGGGAGACUUGAGUGCAAUCAAGUUUUUAAUCAAGUUACAAAUUCACAAACUGAAAAUUAUAGGACUGAUGUUGUUAAUCAAGAUGCUAGUUUAUGA